UGUCUCUUUUACAUACAUUUUGCGAUUGCAAUUCUUCAUUUUUCUGGCCUCUUUGAUCAUCAAUUCGUAAAAGUCACGUCGAAACAAACGCCGCGAAGCUAGUCAGUCCUUCCGACAAUGGCAACAGUCGACGACGACGGCUCCUCAUCGCCGAAACCAGACGGACCACCGCCGCCUCUAUCGGAAACAGUUGCCUCCGUCACUCAUGACUUCGCCGAGAAAUUAAAAACCCUAGAGAAAGAUUCCGUCCUGCCGUCGAUCGAUUACGCAGUGGAGCAGGCCCAAUUUGCUCGGAAGACGAUUCUGGAUUCCGUAAACGAUGCGAUCGACAUCACAAAAUCUCGUUUAGACCGCAUUCGCUCUACUUCCUCCGCUCAUUUCAAUCAAACUCUGGAUUCAUUGCAAGACGCGAAGUCUGAUUUUGAUAGGUAUGAGGACAUGGCUGUUCAGAAGAUUAAAGAGGGCAUUUGUGUUGCUGCUUCGCACUCGUUAAUUACAGCAGGAUCUGUAUUUGGAGUAUCGCUUGUUGUCCUCAAAAAACCAAGGCGUUUCUUGUACUACAAGACGAUGCGAUAUUUCCAGAAAGAAGAGGUGUUGCUUUCUAAAGCUGAUGAAAAGUUCAAGGAAUUGCGAACAACAUUAAACGACUUAAACAAGAAAGCUGGGGAAUUGGAGAAAGCAACAGCACAGGCUGAGCUAGAAUUGAUAAAGGGAAGAACAAAACUCAGGUAUCAAUACGAAGGCUAAGUGUCGAGUCACUUUCAUUUCAAAUUCAUCCACUUGUUUACUCUAUCUCAAGCUUAUCUUUUCUUGUUGUAUGUUCAUCACCUAUUCAGACAAGCAGGCAAACAGAUUCAGUAUGGGGUUCGAUCUAUUUUUAAGAUAGAAAGACAAGCUAGGGGUAUGUAAUUUCUGUUUGUGAGUUUCAAUAUAUGCACGUUAGCAAGCACACCAGGUUGUCACCAGGUUCUUGCCUUGUGAAAAGGAGGAUGCCGCUUAAUUGUCAGUUUAUUCUGUGACAGGUUUAAGAGAUGUUCUCGAUGAACUUCCCCGCGUAGAUGCAUCUCGAUUUAAAGCAGAAGUAAGUUAGAAGUUUUUUUGGGUAGGUUGGGGCUUUUCCAUAAAUUUUCAGCUAGGGAAUUUUUGUGAACCCUGCUAUACUGCUUCCCUUUGAUUCCACCAACCUUGCCUGCUACUUCUUCGCAUAUAUCUGUUAGGUGCGAGUUUUUCCUCUUUUUUGGUUUCUCACGGUUUCUACUCGGCAUCUCUGUUCCAGGUGUCUGUUCUAGCGCAAGAGGUAAAAGCAGAAAGGGAAAAGCUAUCCAAGGAGAUAAGAAAGAUUAGCGAUCACGGGAUAUCCGUUUGAGUUGCCUGUUUUACAAUGUGCUUACGUUCAUUGGUCGAGAUCCUAGAGUCUGUACCCGAUUAAUUUCGUUAUUGUUCUUUAAUAAUUGCAACCUGGGACUGGAAAUGGAUUGGGUUGUGUUUUGACACAGAUACAUAUAUCUCGUCCAUAUAAACACUUAUAGGUGUGUGUAGAGCCUCAUUUUUUCUCGAGAGGAAUCCGAUCAUGUAGCUCUUCUACAUAGAUUUUGACCACAUAGAACAAGAUACUUUUGACCUGACCAAAUUAUUCUACUACUGAACAGUUUUUCUAUUUUCU